AUGAGGAUUCUCUCACCAGGCCUCCUGACCCUCGGUGGUCUAGCAGUAAUCGCUUCUGCUUCGCCGUUCAAUAUGAAGAACUUCAUGCCAGGAGUGAAGCCCUUCUCCAUGAAGGACGCUUGGCAUAAUCAUCACGGUCACAAAAACGCAACUGAGUCCUGCAACUCUGGUACCUUAUUGACAACUAAGGCACCACUUGAAAACAUCUUUGCAGCACUGACCGCCGAUGAGGCUGCCGCCGUGACAAAGUUCCUCCAUGAGCGACCGGAGCUUAACCUCACAGCCAACACCAAUGCAACCAGUUGGGACAAUGUCAUCGUGCUUGUACAGGUGUUGCAACCCAACAAGACUGAUGCACUUCCUUACCUGAACGGCGAGGGGUCCAAGCCGCUGCGAUACGCAACAGCGACGCUCCAGUUCCAGGCCACUCUAGAGCCAUAUUUGCAAGAAUACAUCAUUGGCCCAUUACCAAUAUCAAAAAAGACAACUGUGCAACCGCUGAACUAUCCUUUCAAUAAGGGCGUCGGAAGACAACGGAUCUACAACGCUGAUGCGGGGGCGUAUGGAGAUUUCCUAGCAAACGUCUCUAAAUCAGUAGAGGAUAUUCUAAUGGAGAUGUUCAAUGGGACUUUUACAAACUCACCAGGCGAUUUUCUGGGUCUCGGGCCAAGCGACCCUCUCUGGAUUGAUGAUGUCACCGGCGCAGUUACCACCUGGAAUGAGUAUACGACGUCUCCUACGGACAUCUACGGUACUGGUUCGCUCUUGCGGAGUGGGUUGGCUGUUCGAACUGAUCUGACUGGUCGAGACCCUUCAAAAUGGUCUGUGUUGGGAUGGUACUACAACGGAGAGUUUUACAAGACUACGGACGACUUUCGGUCCGCUUUCUACAACGGCACCUUUCAGUAUUUCACGCCGAGCGCUGAUGGAGAUUGGGGGGCGACCUCUCCAACAAGCCCUAUGCACUUACGCGAUGACACUCCACCGCCAGUGAGCGUCCAACCAGCCGGUCCCCGUUUUGGAGUGGAUAAGGAAGAAACCUAUAUUGAAUGGAUGGGUUUCUCGUUCUUUCUCACCUUUACCCGCGAUACCGGAAUGAGACUGUUCGAUAUCAAAUUCAACGGCGAACGCAUUGUGUACGAACUGGGUAUGCAGGAGGCGAUGGCACACUAUGCAGGGUCUAACCCAGGCCAGUCAGCUCUCUCAUUUCUUGACUCUUACUACGGAUUCGGUCCGAAUGCGUUCGAGUUGGUCAAUGGAUAUGACUGCCCUGCGUACGCAACGUACUUAAAUACGUCAUUCUACUGGCGUGAGGAGAGACGAUCGCACCAAAACAGCAUCUGCAUAUUUGAAAUGGACGCAGGUUACCCGGUGGCACGCCAUACCGCAAACAACUACGUCUAUACAGCCAAGAAUAUUCAUCUCGUCGUCCGCAGCGUGAGUACCCUCGGUAAUUACGACUACAUGUUUGAAUACGCCUUUUUCUAUGAUGGGUCGAUCCACGUCACGGUGCGUGCCUCCGGUUACAUUGCCGCUGCAUUUUGGGCCGCCAACAGCGAUUAUGGCUUCCACAUCCACGACACCGUCUCGGGCUCCAUGCACGACCACGUACUAAAUUACAAGCUCGACUUAGACAUUCACGGCACGAAAAAUAGUCUAAUGAAGCUCGAAGUCAUUCCAACCACCGAAGUUUACCCCUGGUCAGACGGUCAGCCGCGGAAUACAAUGAAAGUGUCUAAGACAUUCAUCGAGAGCGAGGAUGACUCAAAGAUCAUGUGGGCUCCUAACGGUGCAGCCACCUACGCAGUGGUGAAUCGGGAUAAACCCAACAGGUUCGGCGAGUAUCCAGGAUAUCGCAUUACUCCGGGAACUGCAAACACAGCUCAUCUUACGGUCAUAAAUUCAACAAAUCUGAAGAACAGCGUCAAUUGGGCAACCCACCACCUAUACGCUGUGCAGCAAAAGGACACAGAACCAAGAAGCGUGUACGCCUUCAGCUCGUUAGACACGGCCCGCCCGGUUGUCGACUUUGAGAAGUUUUUUGAUGGCGAGUCUCUUGAGCAGGAGGAUCUGGUGAUCUACUUUAACUUAGGCAUGCACCAUGUUCCUGACACCCAGGAUCUUCCCAACACCGUCUUCACGAAUGCCCAAUCUACUGUAGUUAUUGCCCCGCAAAACUACUUCAUACGAAAUCCAGUUUCGCAGACCGUUCAACAGGUCGAGAUCGACUAUGACCUCGAUACCGUGGUAAAUAUUAAGAAGUUUAGCCCUAACGAUGCUGUUUGCACAUAUGACAUGACCCAUACCGUUGCAAACUUCAGCAACUACAUUGGCGGCGAUAUCAUUAUCCGCAAGUGGCCCUACGACCCUUCAAACCCAUUUUACGGUAUGACCGAGAUAGAAGGUGCGUGA